UACCCUGUUACAGACAAGACAAAAACAUCAGUUUGCUUUAGCAUACACAAACAUGAAAGCCAAAUAUAAUUACGUAUUUAGGUCUCGUAGAGGAACUUCAUAUUGGUCACACUACAGAGAAUUGCGACGGAAUAUGCAAAGGCAUUUCAGUGAUUUGGAUGCAGCCGAAGUAUCAUUGCAGCAACAAGCCAUACAUUUAGAACACGAGGAGAAUUGUCUUUCUAUCCAACAAAUUCAAGAAAACAGUCAAGAAAUUACUGACAGUGUAUCUAACAAUGAAAGUGAUUCUGAGAAUGUAGUCUAUCAGAGAGAAUGAAUUAGAAAUACUAUGUUAUUUACACCUUAAUCAUUACUCCAGUGAUGAAACUGAUAAUGAGCAAGAUGAAAACAACCAUGAACAAGAAACUAAUACAAUUCGAGAAGAUUUGCGAAAAUGGGCAAUUAUGUAUAAUAUUCCUUUGACUGCCUUAGGAGACCUCUUAGAUAUAUUUCGUAAAGUUGUUAAAGAUCUUCCAAAAGAUCCUCGUACAAUUAUGGGAACUCCGAAACAAUACCACGUGUCAAAGAUUUGUGAUGGAGAAUACUAUCAUUUUGGAAUCAUGGAGGGUGUUCAAAAACAGAUUAAACAUUUAUGUGAUGAUUUACCGGAGAACUUUUGCUUUGAAUUACAGCUAAAUAUUGAUGGUCUCCCAUUAUUUAAAAGCACUUCACACCAAUUUUGGCCUAUUUUGGGAAAUCUAUGUAACAUUGAUAAAAAAAAAGUCCAUUUGUAAUUGGCUUAUUUUUUGGUGUUACAAAACCAACGAGCGUGAAAGAUUACCUUCAGCAAGUAGUUGAUGAAAUAAAUCAGCUACAGAUCAAUGGUUUUGAGUUCCAAACAAAACACUGGAACAUCAAAAUUCAUUCUGUUAUAUGCGAUACACCAGCACGAGCAUUUGUAAACUGUGUUAAGUCUUUCUCUGGGUAUCAUGGCUGUGACAGAUGUGAGCAACGUGGAAAAUGGGAAGGCAAGAUGACUUACCCUAAAAUUCGUGCAAACCUACGAACUGAUACUGCAUUCAACAGUAAACGAGAUGAAGAACAUCAUACAGGAGAUUUACCAUUCACUGAUACACAAUUAGGAAUGAUAAGUCAGUUUCCAAUUGAUUAUAUGCACCUGGUUUGUCUAGGUGUAACUAAAAGAAUCCUUAUUAUGUGGAUAAAAGGACCAUUAUGUAACAGGGUUGGACAACAUGUUAUUGGGAGUAUAUCUGACGCAUUAAUUGCUCUAAAAGAAAAUGUUCCUUGUGAAUUUGCCCGAAAACCUAGGUCUCUUACUGAAAUAGACCGUUGGAAGGCUACAGAAUAUAGACAAUUCUUACUCUACACUGGCCCAGUUGUUUUGAAACAUACCAUUCAUUCUAAUUUAUACAAAAAUUUCUUUUUUCAGUUGCAAUACACUUUCUACUCAAUAAAUAUUUGUGCAGAACAUACAACCAAUAUGUAAAAGAAUUGUUAGAAACAUUCCUCCAACAUUUUUAUCAACUGUAUGGUGUUGAUAUGGCUGUUUAUAAUGUACAUACUUUAAUUCAUCUUCCUGAUCAGGCACUUCAGUUUGGCAGCUUAGAUAACAUUUCCUCCUUCCCUUUUGAAAACUAUCUACAGAAACUAAAACGGUUAGUGCGAAAACCAGAAUUUCCGCUGCAACAAGUUAUUCGUAGACUUGAAGAACAGGCAAAUUGCGAUAAAAAGGAUCAUACCAACACAUCCCUGCACAUGGAGCAUAUAAGAGGACCCCUUUUACCUGAAUUUGUUGGAUCAACACAGUACCAAAAGGUCAAGACAAGAAAUUUUACAAUACGCCUGAAUAAAAAGGAUUCAUGUGUGCAAAUAGGAGGGAAAAUAUGCAUUGUACAAAACAUUGUGCAAAAUAAUGGAGAAAUUAUCCUUUUAUAUAAUAGAUAUCGACAAGAGAGUGAUUUUUUUAAUGUCCCAUUAUCUUCCAUGACUCUUGGAAUAAAAAAUGUGUCAGCUCUUGGAAACACUUUAAGAGAAGCAAAGUUAGAAGACAUUGAAGCCAAAUGUUAUUUAAUACCAUAUUUAAAUAACCACAAAGUGGCCUUCCCACUUUGUGACAGUAUAUGGCUAAAAAAUGGUAUGCGUACAUGUACAUUAUUUGAUGUGGUCCAUUUUUUUUUGGCGUGUAUUUUUUAACAACCCAUUCAAUGAAAUUCUUUUAAUUUUCAGGGGAGAAUAUGCCGUUGUUGAGUUCACCGACACCAAUGACGUGGAGCUUGUCCCUGUAUCAUGGAUCACCAGUGAUAAAAAGAGUGCUUCUGGCCUAAUUUUAGGUCUACUUCAAAACAAAAAAUGCCAGUCCGGCAGGGUAUGCUGCCGAACUCUACUGAGUUCAUGAAGUAUGUGGUGAAGAUCAUGUACCAAACCAAAGAUUAUGAGAAAGCCCGGAAAAAACUAAAAGAGGCAGAGUGCAAGUCAGAUUUACAGACGGAGGCCGAGGAAGAGGAAGUCACUAAAAAAAGAACAAAACGGCCGAAUCCAAAGUAUGACGAUUCAGACACAGAGUCGAGUGACAGUGAUUCUGAAAUUCGCCCGCGAUCACCAAAGAAAAAAAAGAAAACUGCCAGCACUGCCCCCACUGCCCAUCCCACCAUCACCAGCCAAGGCCAAUGGACAAAACUCAAAGUCUCAAGAUUUGAUAUCUUCAGGAAAUUCCAAGGCCAGGACAUCUGGGAUGCAACAAAUAAAGAUAUCGAGGAUGCCGCCAAAGACUGGCUGCGAUACUCCUGUGACAGGGAUGGGGGUAGGAAAGACAGAAAACAGAAAAAGGCUGCUGAAGAAGAACAGGAGUCCAGCUAA